AUGUGUAGCGAUCCACGGUUCGCUACAAUCGCCAACGCUAUGCGUGUAGAACAAUGUGCUGCUAUUGCCUAUUCGAUAGAUGCUACCACAUACGUGGCCUUUCCUUCUAGCCAGUUCUCCAGUUUAUUUGGUCUUCCAUGGCUGCAGUAUCCUUCUCUUCAUGUUUUGGUUAUUCAUGCUAAUCCCCUGUUCUAUGCUGACUCAAGUGACGUAAACAGCUUCAGUGAUGAAACAGAGAUUACGAACAAAAUUCCACUUGGCACUGCAAUUUUGGAUGGUGAUGAUAUAGCGAUUUCUAACUUUUGCAACUCUCAAGAUCAUCCUAAGACGCAGCAGUUCAUCCAACCAGAGCCACGCGCCCCUGUUGCAAAUUUGCCAUUCAUUGAGUCACCAUCACAAGAAUCUACAAAUUCUCACGAAGCAUCUCAAAGUACGUAUGUGGACACGGAAAGUGAAGAACCUGUUCCAUUACCUCCAGUCCCUCUACCACAGUUUGCGGGCAAGAAAUGUUUAGGUUGCCUUCGCAAUAAGCCUCCACAAGUAUUUGUUGAACAGCCUCCGUUAAUAGGAAAAAGCGUUCCUCCUCCUGCUCCGGGUGCUGCUCGAACGAACGAAAACAAAUGUGGAAAAAAGCUAUCGAAUGAUCGGGAUGAAGCCGUUAAAGCAGGAUUACAUGGACGACUCCCACCUAAAGAUCUAUUAACAAGAAAGCAACCAUUACCUGCUGUUGAUCGGGCGGUCCAAGGGCCGCAAUCGAAUUCACCGAUUCCGGAAGUGAAUCCUAGUCCCUCGACCGUUGUUAACAAACAUAAGGAUUUAUUUCAAGGUGUUUUUACUACAAUUGCAAAAGGUGGUAGUGCAGAUGUUGACAAAGCGGAUAACGGAGUGGAACCAAUUCCAUUGGCUGAGCCAGCACCUGAAGCUGCUAAGGCAGUGGACUUCAUUGAUGAUCAUGACGAAGAUUACGAUGCUCAGUUCAUGUGUGAAACGACGGCGUCAAUGGAUUCGCAAGUCAGCUCGUGCCCUUCGUCGGCUUCUACGACCUUCGGUAUGGUGCUUGCUUCAUUUCCUGUUGAAAUCAUUGCCGUUGUUAGUGCUAAGUAG